AUGGGAAGCCUCUUGACUUUCGAGCCCGCAGGGGAGGGGCUAAAACUUGGGUGCCCGCGAGCCGGGGAGCGGGGACUAGACAAGCGGCAGAACUUUGCCCGAGUGGCAGGAAACGCAGGACAGAGAAGCAGCCAGGCGGGAGCCCAGGGCAGGAGCUUCUGGGGCUGUACUCCUGGAAGUCAGGUACGCCUGUCGGAGGAGCGUGGCGGGGAAAGGAAGGUGGGGUUAUGGGAAAAAGAAGUUCUGCAUGCCCGCUAUGUUACCAGCAAAUCAUUCUUUGAAAAAGAAAUUGUGAUAUGGAAGGAAUCUGUUAUUCAAGGGGAAAUAAAACUUCUACUGGGGGUGCCAAAGUGGCUAAUAAUUGUAUCUUCAGUCCAGCCAGCUUAUGGGGAUACAUAUAUUGGAUACUGUGGUGGAGAAGAUUGUUCCAUUUGUCAAUGCUCUCCUGAGAAAGGCUCAAGAGGGCAGCCUGGCCAGCCAGGAGUCCAGGGUCCAAUUGGUGCCCUGGGUCCCACUGGACCCCUUGGUUUGCCAGGAGAAAAAGGCCAGAGAGGUGAUCCUGGUCUAUCUGGGCCACCUGGUGAAAGAGGAAAUAUGGGUCCAACUGGAGUCCCAGGAUUUUCAGGUCUAGAUGGAAUGCCUGGUCUGCCAGGAAUUGAAGGACCCAGAGGGAAGCCUGGGGUAGAUGGAUGUAAUGGUUCAAGGGGAGAUCCAGGAUUUCCAGGAGAGGCUGGAUGCAUUGGACCAAGAGGCUCAUUUGGUAUUCCUGGCCAAAAAGGAGAAAAAGGAAAUUCCAUGUAUAUUUCUGAGUUCAUUCAAGGGGCUUCUGGUGAAAGAGGGGAUCCUGGACCUCAUGGCAUGCCUGGCCCUAGAGGAGAAAAGGGACCAAGGGGUCCACCUGGAUUUCCAGGCCAGCCAGGUGUACAGGGUUUUCAUGGUCAACUUGGCUUACCAGGUGAACAGGGAAAUCCAGGAAUUGGAGUGGAAGGACAAAAAGGAGAGCCGGGUGAUGUAGGACCUCCUGGAUCUCCAGGACAGCCAUUACUGGUUGGACCUCCUAGUUCUAGACUGUUAAAAGGAGAAAAAGGAAUAAAGGGAAUGCCUGGAUCUAUUGGCUCAAAAGGAUUGCCUGGCCACAAAGGUGCAUUUGCAAUUGGAGACAAGGGUGAAAAAGGGAUUCCUGGUUUUCUUGGAAUGCAGGGAAUUCCUGGCUCAUAUGGUUCUCUGGGUUUUCCAGGAAACAAGGGUAAAACUGGAACACGUGGAUUUCCUGGUCAAGAUGGCUUGCCAGGCGUUAAGGGGGAUCCUGGAGAGAAUGGGCAACCUGGACCACCGGGAUUUCAAGGAACUCCACCCACUGGACCAAAGGGUAUUCAAGGAGAUGCUGGGGACACUGGACUUUCUGGAGAGAGAGGAACAGAUGGAUUGCCUGGUUCUCCUGGUGCUAAAGGAAGGCAAGGGGAAGAGGGAAUCAGCUUACCUGGUCUUAAAGGUGCAUUGGGAGUACAGGGUCCUCAAGGCUUUCAUGGUGACCCCGGUCUCCCAGGUCAAGCUAGUACAGCUCCAGGAAGGCCAGGAUCUCCAGGAUUACCUGGUUUUCCAGGAAUACCAGGAAACCAAGGCUUGCCCGGACCACCUGGUGUUGCCUGUAAGGGGAGAGGGUUCCCUGGAGAACCAGGAGCCAAAGGUCAUAGAGGAUCACUUGGAGACAAAGGUGGAAAAGGAGAGAAAGGGAAUCCAGGGAAGUGCUCAUGUGGGCUUGGUCCUUGUGGUCUACCUGGCAAACAAGGCCCACCAGGAAUACCUGGAACAAAAGGAGAAGCAGGAAUACCUGGAACAUAUGGAAGAAAAGGUUAUCCCGGUUUUCCCGGAGUAAAAGGACAAAGAGGUGUUCCAGGGGCGCCUGGAUCUCCAGGAAUAAAUGGCACUGCUGGCAAGAAUGGAGAUGGAGGAUUGCCGGGUGAUAAAGGGAUUCAAGGAGAUGAUGGAAGAGCUAUACAAGGUGAUAAAGGAUUCCCUGGGGCCCCUGGAAUUCCUGGCUCAAGAGGUCAAAUGGGGACACCAGGUUUUGGAAUUCAGGGCCCACAAGGUGUCCAGGGUCUACCUGGAGAUCCAGGAAGCCCUGGUAUGAAAGGAACACCUGGACCAAAGGGUCAAAAAGGUAUUACUCUUCCAAAUGGAAGAGCAUAUCCUGGAAAUCCAGGUAUACUCGGAUUUAAAGGUAUACCAGGUCCAAAAGGUUUAAGAGGGCCCUCUGGGCCACCUGGGCCCAGUGGUUUUGAUGGUGUCAAAGGCCAGAAGGGUAGAUUAGGAACAUCAGGCAAUCCUGCUCCAGAAGGUUUAAGGGGUGAGACUGGUGAUCCAGGUGAUCCAGGUGAACAAGGUUCAAGUAUGGAUGGUGCUUCAGGAUUGCCAGGCCCUCCUGGGCUUCGAAGUCCAAAAGGUGUUCCAGGUGACAUUACGUACAGCCCUCCAGGAACCCCCGGCAACAGAGGUCUUCCAGGAUUACCAGGUUUGCCAGGCCUAAGAGGUGACCCUGGUUUUCCUGGGCUUCAAGGGCAACCUGGCACAUCAGGACUUCCAGGAGCUAAAGGUCUCAGAGGCCAAAAAGGUGACAUAGGAGUGAUGGGUUAUCCUGGAUCAUCUGGACUGGCUUGUGACAAAAAGUUGGAGGGACUACCAGGACCACCAGGCUCUUUCGGAGCACGAGGACCUAAAGGGUUGCAGGGUAUUAAAGGUCUACAAGGAGAUAUGGGUGCACCAGGCCCAGCUGGAAUGAAAGGCUUGCCGGGAGCUCCUGGAACACAAGGACCACCUGGGCUUCCUGGCUUAAGAGGAAAUCCAGGACUUUCAGGGGAAAAUGGACUGCCAGGUCUUCCAGGAAAAAAGGGAGACAAAGGUUCCCAAGGCAUGCGAGGUUUCCCAGGCCUCCCAGGAAAUGAAGGAGAAAUGGGAGCAUCAGGUGUGAAAGGAGAAGAAGGGCAAAUUGGUCAGUCUGGUACUCCUGGAGAAUUUGGGACAAAGGGUUCCAAAGGUGAAGCAGGAUCACAAGGGGACAAUGGCUUCAUUGCUGUCCAGAAAGAAAAAGGGCAAAAUGGGGAACCAGGUGCUCCUGGUGAUGAGGGAUUACCAGGGGUACAAGGCGAUAAAGGCAACACUGGAUUCAGAGGAAUCCCAGGACCGCCAGGCAAGCAUGCAGCUUCAGGCAACCAAAAGGGUCCGCCUGGUGAUGCUGGACAGUUUGGUUCCCAGGGUCUGCCAGGACUCCCAGGGCCUCCAGGUUUGAGAGGGAUCAUUGGUUUUCAAGGACAAAAAGGUGAUCAGGGUGCACAGGGACUGUCGGGUCCUCCGGGAAGUCCAGGAUUAGGUGGCACAAAAGGAUCGAAAGGUAGCAGGGGUGACCCAGCUACUCAUCAUGGUCAGCCUGGCAAGAAAGGCCCCAAAGGAGUCAUAGGACCACCAGGUCAUCCUGGAUUACCUGGAGACCAAGGUAUACCAGGUGUUCAAGGGGAACCAGGAAGACAGGGCUCCAAAGGGUUGCCUGGAUAUUCAGGAACACCUGGAUUCCCAGGUGCACAGGGAGCUGCAGGAUUUGCAGGACCUCCAGGUGAGCAAGGUAAACCUGGUCUUUUGGGACCUCCAGGUUUCCCAGGAUUACCUGGUAACCCAGGUAGAAAAGGAUUAUUGGGAUCACCUGGAUUAAGUGGUGUAAAUGGACAAAAAGGCCAAAAGGGUUUGCCAGGACCCCCAGGUUUGACUGAAACGGGACCCCCAGGGUGCACUGGAGAACCAGGGCUAAAAGGUAACAGAGGAGAAACUGGGGUUCCAGGAAGUACCCGCCCAGGCCCCCCUGGGGAGAAAGGCCUAAGAGGUCCUCCUGGUAAGCCAGGUAUUUCUGGGCCUGUAGGCUCUAUAGGUCAGCCAUCUGAAAAUACACUUUGUGGCUUUCCUGGAGACCAAGGUCCAGCUGGUUCAGAUGGCAUUAGAGGUCUUCCAGGCAAACCUGGCCCUCCAGGAAAAACUAUUCUUAUUAAAGGAGAUCCUGGGGAUUGUGGUACUUUGGGCUCACCUGGUGUUCCUGGCCCACAUGGUAAACAGGGAACCAAAGGUAUUUCAGGAAACCAAGGAAGAAAAGGGUCAAAAGGUCUAAUAGGGAAGCCUGGUCUACAAGGACCGCCUGGUGCCCUUGGAGAGCCUGGGGCUCAAGGUGUUCAGGGUUCAGCUGGUCCUGUGGGCCAUAAAGGUGAUCCAGGAGAAGCUGGAAGAGUUGAUUACUCGUCAUGUCCUAAGAUUCCAGGGCCUCCUGGAGUAUUAGGUCCACGAGGGCCACCAGGCUUUGUAGGAUUAAGAGGACCAAUUGGCUUUCCUGGUCCUCCAGGAAAUAAAGGGGAAGAAGGUUCAUUAGGUCAGCAAGGGCUGGAAGGCUUGCUCGGACCACCAGGACUUCAUGGUGAUCAAGGAGACAUGGGACCAAAAGGAAGCACAGGCCCACAAGGUCCUCCAGGCCAAACUGGGAUCCCAGGGCCACCAGGGCCAGAAUCCAAAUGGAGUAGUGGGUUCCUGCUUGUUUUUCACAGUCAGUCAGAAACAGAACCGUUUUGCCCUGAGGGAAUGCCAAGAUUAUGGACUGGAUAUAGCCUGCUUUAUUUUGAAGGGCAGGAGAAAGCCCAUAAUCAAGACCUUGGUCUGGCUGGAUCUUGUCUUCCUGUGUUUAGCACUAUGCCUUUUACCUAUUGCAACUUCAAUCAAGUCUGCUACUAUGCAAGUCGAAAUGAUAAAUCUUACUGGCUCUCAAGUGCGGCUCCUUUGCCCAUGAUGCCCCUCUCAGAUGAAGAAAUACAGCCGUAUAUUAGUAGAUGUGCUGUCUGUGAAGCUCCUGCCCAAGCCAUUGCAGUCCAUAGUCAAGAUCAAUCCAUUCCUUCUUGUCCACCAAACUGGAGAAGUCUUUGGAUAGGUUAUUCAUUUUUAAUGCACACCGGAUCUGGUGACCAGGGAGGGGGGCAGUCCCUCAUGUCAACCGGAAGCUGCCUGGAGGACUUCCGAUCAGCACCCUUUAUUGAGUGCCAAGGUCAACAAGGAACUUGUCACUUUUUUAUUAAUGAAUACAGUUUCUGGCUAGCUACAGUGAACAAUGAGUCUCAGUUUUUAUCAUCCCCCGACUCAAGGACUAUCAAAGAUGAACAAGAACAACGCCGAAAUAUCAGCAGAUGUCAGGUUUGCAUGAAAUAUGCCUAGUGUAUACUGGAACACUUCUUGAACAGAAAUAA